AUGUGUGUUUGGGAUUUCUUUAGAGAUAAACUUGUAGACAAGUAUUGUUGGCUUGGGCUGAGAUGCUUGUGUUGUAUUGGAGGGAAUGCACGAUGUGACCAAGGAAACGGCUAUUGCUAUGAUGGCUGCGUUAAUGGACAGUUUGGCAAUACAUGCAAUACACCUUGUCCCGGUAACUGUUCUACGUGCAGUCGAGCAACAGGUUGUCCAUGUUACAGCUGCAAGACUUCAUUUUAUGAUACAACUAGUGCGUGUAGCAAGAAGUGCCCAGUCGGGUGUGAUAGGGGAGCCUGCUAUGAGAAUGGAACAUGUAGUCAAUGUACAGCAAACUUCGAAGGAACAAAAUGUGAGACGUGCAUACAAGGGAAAUACGGUUCCGAUUGUACACACAAUUGCACUCAUCAUAACUGCCGUUGUUCGACUGAAACUGAUUGUACUUCUUGUAAAACGGGAUUCUAUGGUAGAAGUACCUUCUGUCAAACACCUUGUUCCCCGGGAUGUCAUGAUGGUGUUUGUAAUAAUGACGGAAGUUGCAAAUGUCGAUCUGGGUUUACAGAAAGUACAUGCAGUGCAUGUCAGUCAGGAUAUUACGGGGCAUACUGCAAUGUUUCCUGUUCUGAAGGAUGUGUUAACGGAUUGUGCUCAGAUGACGGUACUUGUUCGUGUCGCCCAAACUUCGUUACAGCGAAAUGUGAUGCAUGUGCGGAUGGAAGAUACGGUGUUAACUGUGACAGGAAAUGUAGUGUAGGAUGUACCACAUCGUUAUGGGACAAAGAAAGAAGAAUUUACAUUGGUUCUUCCACAAUUAGUGCUCUCGCAGCUUUAUCUGGAGUUUUGGGCAUUUUACUUAUUUGCACAGCUGCUGGUUGCUACCUGUGGAACAGACGGCUGUCUACACCAUCAGUAACAGAACAGGAAGAUCAGCGUGGAACCGAGAUGAACUACGGACAGUUACAAAGACAAGCAAACGAACCAACAUACAUGAAUGCUGACGAAAAUUAUUCCGUGAUUUCAGAGUAG